AUGCGUUUCCAGUCCGGUCGUCGAGACAGCAAAUCCUUUGUCGCAGUCGAUGAAGAGGGAGGAGUUCCAGCAUCGCUAGCUGAGAGUUUUCGUUCCACUCCCGACAGUGGGCCACUGGCCCAGUCGGGCCCUCGAAGCUACUCACUAUCAAUGUCGGGCUUCGAUAAAGCGGAAGCUUACAAUGUCUAUGACUACCAGACAGCCACACGACCGGAGCAGGUCCAGCAGCACGCCUACGCCGGCUUCUCUGCCCACACAUCCUACCCAGCCGAUUAUGUAGCUACUCAGGCGCAGGUACCAUCUGGCCUUCCCCAAUCAUCCAGUAGUCUCGGACUUGUACCAUCUGGUCAACAAUUCGGCACGCAUGAUCCAACCUAUUAUGGUCAGCAGGUGGCUCAGUACCCUGCAUAUCUUGAGGCGGCUCCUCGUCCAGCGCCGGAGAUCACCUCAUACACGCCUCAGCAAGGCCAGCAAGGAACCAAAGUCACCGUCUACUUCCAGAGCGUCUACGACUUUGAUGCACCGCAAGUCACUCCCGUCAUCAUGUUUGGUCAGAAGCGAUGCGAGAGCAUCCUCAGCAGAGCUCCUUCUGCGAACCACGCCUUCCAAUAUUCCCUCUCCGCUGAAGCACCGUCACUCUCGGACACUCCCUCUCCACAAGUCUCGCUGAGCCUGGUUCUCGACGACAGCUCAGUGAGCUGGGAGUCGCCAGUCAUUCAGUUCGGAUCCUACACCUACCUGGACCAGCAACCGUCCUACUACCAGCUCGAUUCGCCUCAAAUGGCCGUUCAGCCCUUGGCUUCUCGCAGCAAGCGUAAGCUAUCUCCGGAUUCAACACCUCGUCGUUCUCCAACGAAGAAACGCUCAAUGCCUAAUCUGGGAUACCGCUCAUCGCCAAACUCGACCUCGCCAUAUCACCAACCACCUCUUCCCGACAUGCCCAACCACUACCGGUCGUUCAGCAGUGACGUUCCAAUGUACAGUGCGCCGCCAUCUCGCAUGUCAUCGAAUCAGUACUAUGGCGGUCAGCAGUUUGUGCGAACUCCUUCGCUCCAGCCAGCUCAGACUCCUUCAUACAGCUAUCAACAAAGCCCGAGGUACAACAAUCGCAGUCCCUCUUCCGCGACCAUCUCGAGUGCGAGCCGCGGCUCGCAGCUUCUCCCAUCGCCGGCGACCGCGCAUAAUCCUCCGUUGAUGAGAACAUCGACGAUGCAGCAGUCUCCCACAACUCCGGGAGCUGUCGCCACACCAGCACCUCUCGGCUUCAAUCCAUACGCCAUCUACCCGUCCAACUCCAAAGCUCAGUUGAAGCUCGACAAAGAUCUCAACACCAUGGCAGACAAGUGGACCUCAACAGAAUGGGAGACAAAACGUCGCCUGGUGCAGUUCAGACGCAGUCAAGCUGGAAGCGUCAUCUCGGCCACCUUUGAGCCCGUCACACUCGAAGACCGCAUUCCCAACAGCAUUUGCGUCAGCUGCAUCUGGUGGGAGGAGAAGCAAGAGUGUUAUGUCACUUCCGUGGACACCAUCUCCUUGCUCGAAUCUCUGGUUGCAGUGCGCUUCACCGUGGAGGAGAAGAACCGCAUCCGUCGCAAUCUCGAAGGUUUCCGACCCGCCACAGUGUCCAAGACGAAGCAGGACAGCGAAGAAUUCUUCAAACUGAUCAUGGGAUUCCCCAACCCGAAACCACGCAACAUUGAAAAGGAUGUCAAGGUGUUCCCGUGGCGCAUUCUGGGCACGGCUUUGAAGAAGAUCAUUGGCAAAUAUGCAAGUCACCCUUGCCGCGCAUCAUGCACAUGCACGCCCCCCAUGCACAAUGCAUAUGCGCUUCACCACGGGACGACGGGAGGCAUCUCAGUAUCAGCAGCAGGUCUAGGUCUCGGUCUCGGCCCGUCAGCAGGUCCACCAGGCGAUCUGCGCAUCUCCCUGCCCACCUCUGCCGGCGCAGCACAGGCGACGUCCUGGCAUCAACCCGCGGCGCACUACGCCACUGACAUGUCGGCUGCGACCGGAGGCGGCCGCAGCUGGGACUUUGGUGGCUACAUCGGUGCGUCGCCGGCUACGGGUCUGCCUGGAACGAUGCAGUCGUACCCGUACCAUCAGCGAGUGCCGCCGUUGACUGGACCGGGCGCGAUGCCGGAGCACGCCAAAUUCGUGCCCUUGCACGACUAUCAGCCGACGACGAGUGGAUGA